CAGGGGUCUCGGCCGAGCCUAGUUUAAGUUAAGCCUAGACCACAGAGCUGUGAACAGCGAAGAAGAAGCAGAAGAGAAAAAAGAUAAUAAGGAAGGAAGGAAGGAAGGAGGUCUGAGAGAAGAACCUAGAGAUUAUCUUCUUCCUAGGCGCUCUUUUCAGACCCAAGGUGCAUUUUUUAAAGCUUGCCAUCCUUUCUUUCCUUCAAUUUGUGAAACUGCGCAGUUACUUUCAGUUUCAUUGUCAGCUGAUUUUGACAUAAUUGGAAACAAAGAGAACUGGUUAAAAACUGCAUGAACGACAUUUUUGCAUUGUUUCCUGCACUAUAAAUGCAAUUAACUAAAAUUAGUGACACAGAAGUUUAAUAAAUUCUUGUUAUAACAUUGAAAAUCAAAACAUAGUUUCUUCUUUAAAACCAUAACAAUGAUCUUUACAAUAAAUAAUUGAUAGUUUUAUAUGUUGAUUUUAUAUUUUUUGUAAAAUUUUGUUUAAUUAUCAGUUUUCCAUUCAUCCAUUUUCAUAAAUGUUUGAAGUUUAUUGUAGAGAAGUAUGAAUAAGAGAUAGACAGAGAAACAGUUAGUGAGAGAAGUCUCCAUUAUAAGCCCAGCUAUGUGGCGUGUUGCAGCCAAUAGGAAGGCAGGCCUGCAAAUCUAGGAUAUUUAGUCACGUGAUCCUAUCCACCAAUAGCAGGCCAGACUUAGUCACAUGACCUCAAGAGCCAAUAAAAGCCCAGGCCCUUCAAUGAUCAAUUAUUGAAGUAUGGAGAUGCUACUAGCUGAACAGGCUGCCCUUGAACUGGGUAGUGUGGAUACAAACCAGCUUCUAACUCUUCUAGAGUGUCCAGUCUGUCUUGAUCAUAUAACACCACCAGUCAAACAAUGCAUUAAGGGUCAUCUGGUGUGUAGUGACUGCUUCCCCCGUCUCCCCCACUGCCCCACCUGCAGGUCCCCAAUGUCCUCAGAGAGGAACCUGGGGAUGGAACAGGUCUCCAGGCUACUGAAUUUCCCCUGCAGAUAUCAUCCAAUGGGAUGUAAGGUAUCUGCUCCAUUAGCUCAGAAAGGCGACCAUGAGCGUAGCUGUGAGUAUCUUCAGCUUAAAUGUCCUUUCCAUGGACAAUGUAGUUUCAGUGGAGCUCUUACUAUGGUUGUUCCACAUCUAAAGGCUGAGCACGCAGUAACCCCUGUUCCUGUACAACCCAACGGUACACUUUUCUACCGAGCAAAACAGUUCUACAAGCGCAACCUCUGGGCAUUCAUCUACGAGUGGGAAAAGAACCUAUUCAGGUUUAUGGUCAAGCACAUUCAUGCUUCCACUGUUGGACGAGCAGACAACUGCAAUCUAGUGAUAGCUCAUGUACAGUAUAUUGGACCUGAUAGUAUGGCAGCCCAGUAUGCAUACCAGAUCUCCUUGUUUGAUUGUGACAAUCGCAAGAACGGACCAAAGUUUGAGGGUAUUGUAUCCAGCACUAUGAAACCUCUUGAGAGCCAGGUUACGAAAGAGGAGGUGUUUGUUGCCACCACAUAUACUGCUCGUGAUUUUACAGAUACCUUCGGACAACUUAAUUUCAUCAUUCAGAUGAGAUCCUUUAAGGAGAAGGAUGGAUCCAGGUCUAAGGAUUCUGAGUCCAGGCGGCAUCGAUCAAGAACAUCUGCCAAUCCUCAACCUGGACCUUCAGGUACUCAGCGCAUUACACCCACUACAUCCAGCACAUCUGCAGUCUCCUCAUCAACAUUGUCCUCCAGUACACCUUCAACCUCUAGUACAUCCUCAACAGCCUCUAUUACUCCCUUAAACACCUCCAGUACACCUUCAUCCAUCCCUUCUGUAUCCAGUACAGCCCCCUCUAGUUCCGUUCCUCCUGUAGAAGGAGGCCCAGCUGCCUCUAGUAUCUAGUACUUUAACCUAGUUUCUAUAUUGGCUGUUACGCAGUAGUAGUUUAUUGCAUGGUUUCCCUACCAUACUGUACUGUACUGUACUCUUCUGUACUGUACUGUAAAAACAUCCUUGUACAGAGGUUUGCUUGGCCCAGUGAUAUGCUAGUGAGAUGUUUUCUUUUUACAACCCGCGGUCUUAAAAUUGGAGUGGGGUUGUGUCAGGGGAGUUAACACUGCACUGCAAUAUUAAACGAUAAGUAUCAAAAUAACUAAAUUCAUUCUUCAUAGUAGUAUUAUCAGUUGCAAGAGCAACACUUUUUUAAAAAUACAAAUGUGCAAAUAUCUUUUUUGAAUUUAUUUGAAGGUGUUGGAUUGAUGGUAACUUGGGUUGAGGUGUUAAGCUAAAAUAAAUGCUAUUAGUUCACCAUACUUGCGUUAUUGCACAUGGAAGCUAGUAGUAUUAUCCCUGGAACACUUGGGGCAGGGGAAUAUUACUUCCUGUCUCUAUUCCAUCUUGUUCAUAGAAGUCUUAUUUUAUCCUUUUAAUAUUCCACGAGCCAAACUAGUUUCCAUAUUUUCUCAUUUCAUUUUUUCCCUUUAUUUGAUUAUUUUCUUCCCUUUUAUCUUCCCUUUGCCCUUGUAGGCCCGGGUUGCACAAACACCUUUACUAUAAGUUGACCCGCGAGCUAGCUUGAGCGCAGAGUACGGGGGGCUUGAAGUCUAUAUACCUGGUACGUAUUCAUCAAUCAAACAACUUGGUUGUAUCCAAAAUUUGCGUUUGCGCGCACUCAGCAUAUUUAAAUUUUGUUUUGGACCUUCCAACUAGUUAGUUUAUACUGUAUCAUCAGUGAACAACUAGCUAAUUUUAAUCAUAACAAUUCAAUUCAAUAUGCUUUACUUUCAACUUUUAGGAUUUGGGGAAUUUUAAUUUCAGCUGGCGUGUGCGUGUGUGUUACGUCGCGUAGGGCGAUGAUUAGGUUGCUUUUAACACGCAGGAAGCAAGGUAGGGUUCAAGUAGGGUUUCCAGUUAUUCUUUGCGCAAAGAUUGCACAUUGCGCAGAUCUGUAAACAUUCUGUGUCAAGUUUUCAUUCAUUGUAGUACUUGGUUAGAUGCAUUCAUUUUAAACAAUUCAAACUGUUCAAUCUUUUGCGCUCGGAAACCCUAGUCACCACACUCAAAUUUCUGUCUUAACCAUUUUUAAUAUAAAUAUGCAUAAUAAUAAUAAUAGGGUCCAUAUUCACAUAGCUCUAUUAUCCAUUUUAUUUGUGUCGGCCAUAAUCUAUCAAUUUCGUCUUACUCAUGAUACUAAAUUAUUUCCUAGUCAUCAAUUCAUUCAUUCAUAAUUGAUUCAUCCUGUUAUAUAUAUAUAUAGAUAUUUUUGGUUUUCUUUCCGCCUGUUACUUUAAGUUUUUUUAAAUAUGUUUUUGAUCUUACAAUUUUAUUUUCUUAAAAAAAUAAAUGCUGGUGUAGUUAAUGGUCUAGGUUUGAUAAGCUCCUAAUUUGGCAGAUUUUUAUAAAUAAAUAAAGGAGUGGUUUACUUAUACUGGUAUUUUUGUCAUAUUUUAAACUCGCGCUGUAGACCUCUUGGGAAUAAUUAUCUGUUAAAUUGGAGGAAUUUUUCAAAAACAUAUUGUUGAUAAUGUUCAUCUUUCCUAGACCUAGUUUCCAGCACCUUCAAGUUUAAUCUAAUCUUUAUCUUGUCUUCUAUAUGUUCAGGUCACUUUCUACAAAUUAAAUACGAAGCAGUGUAAAUUCAUGUUUUACAGAAUACAAUUGUGAUUAUAAAAUAAUAAUAUGAUAUAUAUAAUAUUUAUAUGAAACCUGUGUUGUUUCUACAUUCUAAGAUUUGCUUGAAAUAAAUGUAUUUAUAUUAAA